CGCGCCACAUGGUAGGGGUGGGAAAGUGACAGGGCUGCAGGCUGAAGCCGGGGAUAGUUGUGCGGCUGUGAGGCAGAGACAUGAUCAGGCAAUGCUGGGCUGGGCUGCGGCUGUGCCGAGCUCUGUAUCAGACUUCCUACCGGUGGCACGGCAAGUCGGCGUGUGAGAGAGCCUUACGCUAUUCACCGGGAGAGUCUAUCCACGGUUUUACUGUAAACGAGGUAACCCCAGUCCCUGAAUUGUUUUUAACUGCAGUCAAACUCAGCCAUGACAACACCGGUGCCAAAUACUUGCACGUCGCCAGAGAAGAUUCCAAUAAUUUAUUCAGUGUACAGUUCCGGACAACUCCCCUGGACAGCACGGGGGUCCCACACAUACUGGAGCACACUGUGUUAUGUGGCUCACAAAAGUAUCCAUGUAGGGACCCCUUUUUCAAAAUGCUCAACAGAUCCCUCUCCACAUUUAUGAAUGCAUUCACAGCAAGUGAUUACACAAUGUACCCAUUCUCCACGCAAAAUGCCAAAGAUUUCCAAAAUCUCCUGUCUGUAUAUCUGGAUGCCGUGUUUUUCCCUUGCUUACGAGAGCUGGAUUUCUGGCAGGAGGGGUGGAGACUGGAGCAUGAAAAUCCAGAGGAUCCAAACUCACCUUUGAUUUUUAAAGGCAUUGUAUUCAAUGAAAUGAAGGGCGCAUUUACGGACAAUGAGAAAGUAUUUUCCCAGCACCUGCAGAACAAGCUGCUCCCAGACCAUACGUACUCUGUUGUGUCAGGUGGGGAACCUCUGAACAUUCCAGAUCUGACAUGGGAACAGCUGAAAGAGUUCCAUGCAACUCAUUAUCAUCCCAGCAAUGCCAGAUUCUUCACGUACGGCAAUCUGCCACUGGAGAUGCAUUUAAAACAAAUCCACGAAGAUGCCCUGAGCAAAUUUGGAAGAAUAGAUCCCAAAACAUCUGUUCCUCCUCAAGAACGCUGGCAAAGCCCUCGGGAAUACAGCAUUUCCUGUGGAGUGGACUCCUUUGCGUCUGAUCCUGAAAAGCAGACCAUGGUCAGCGUGAAUUUCCUGCUGUCAGAAAUUACAGACUCGUUUGAGGCAUUUACCUUGAGCCUUCUCUCCUCCCUAAUGGUUGAUGGGCCAAAUUCUCCUUUCUACAAAGCUUUGAUUGAAGCCAACCUUGGUACAGAUUUUUCUCCUGAUACUGGAUUUAACAAUUACACCCGAGAAACCUACUUUAGCAUCGGGUUACAAGGGAUAAAUAAAGAGGAUUCCGAAAAAGUGAAGCACAUAAUUAACAGGACGAUUAACGAGAUUGCCGAGCAAGGAAUUGAGCCAGAAAGAAUAGAAGCUCUUCUUCAUAAGCUGGAGAUCCAAAUGAAACAUCAGUCAACAAGCUUUGGACUCACCUUAGCGUCGUACAUUGCAUCAUGUUGGAAUCACGAGGGGGAUCCUGUCGACCUCUUGAAGAUCGGAGAUAAAAUUAGCCGGUUUAGGCAAUGCCUCAAAGAGAAUCCAAAGUUCCUUCAAGACAAAGUCAAGCAGUAUUUUCAGGUCAAUCAGCACAGGAUGAUGCUUUCCAUGAGCCCCGACGAGCAGCACUACGACAAGGAAGAGCAACUGGAAGAAGAAAAACUGACCCAAAAGGUCAAAGCUUUGUCUGAAGAAGAAAGAAAGCAAAUUUAUGAGAAAGGUCUCGAGCUGAUAAGCCUACAGAGCAAACCACAAGACUUUUCCUGCCUUCCUGCUCUUAAAGUGUCAGAUAUUGAGCCUCAGAUUCCACUGACAGACUUAGAAAUUGCCUAUGCAGGUGAUGUCCCUGUGCAAUACUGCACUCAACCAACCAAUGGAAUGGUAUAUUUCAGGGCAGUCUCCAGUCUAAACACUCUUCCCGAGGAACUAAAGCCAUAUGUGCCCUUGUUUUGCUCUGUCAUCACCAAACUUGGCUGCGGGGUUUAUAAUUACCGGGAACAAGCACAACAAAUGGAGCUGACGACAGGAGGAAUGUCUGUGUGUCCCCACAUCAUAUCAGAUGACUCAAGUCUGGAUACUUAUGAACAGGGGAUACUGUUCUCCUCUCUGUGUUUAGACAGAAACAUGCCGGACAUGAUGCAUCUGUGGAGUGAAAUAUUUAAUAGCCCUCAUUUUGACGACGAGGAACGAUUAAGGGUGCUGGUCCGUAUGAGCGCCCAAGAAAUGUCCAACGGGAUCCCGGACUCGGGACAUGUUUAUGCCUCUAUCCGUGCCAGCAGGACUCUCACACCCACAGGAGAAUUACAGGAACUCUUCAGCGGAAUGGACCAGGUGAAAAUGAUAAAGAGAAUUGCAGAAAUGCCGGAUAUGGGUUCAAUAUUACGAAAGUUGUCGCGGAUUCGGAAAUUCGUUCUGCUAAGUGACAACAUGAGGUGCUCCAUAAAUGCCGCCCCACAGCAGAUGGAAACGGCCUCCAAGGAAAUGGAACACUUCCUGACCGGAAUAACUCGCAGCAAAAAGGAACGCAAAGCUAUCCGACCCCAUGUUGUUGAGAAAUCAUCAAAUCCAUCCCCUUCCGGAAGUGAAAUCUCUCGAACAGCCACAAGAAAGUUGGUUGGUGAUCCAACCUUCAAACCAUGUCAGAUGAAAACCCACUUCUGCCUGUCAUUCCCAGUCAAUUACAUUGGCGAGUGCGUGAGGACCGUCCCAUACACACACCCUGAUUAUGCCAGCCUCCGUAUUCUCGCACGGAUCAUGACCGCUAAAUUCCUCCACGGAGAGAUCCGAGAGAAGGGCGGUGCCUAUGGCGGAGGAGCAAAACUCAGCUUCGAUGGAAUCUUUGGCUUUUACUCCUAUCGAGAUCCGAAUUCCCUGUCAACUCUGUCCACAUUUCAAAAAGCAACUGAUUGGGCAAAGUCGGGUCAGUUUAGCCAACAAGAUGUGGAUGAAGCCAAACUGUCGGUGUUUUCUGCUGUCGAUUCCCCCAUUGCUCCUUCUGAUAAAGGAAUGAAUCAUUUCCUACACGGCAUCUCUGACGAAAUGAAACAGAGGCACAGAGAAGAGCUUUUCGCUGUCACCCAUUCAGAUCUAACGAACGCCAGUAACAAGUAUCUAACUGCCGGCCAGUGCACUCGCGGAACUGCCAUUCUGGGUCCAGAAAACAAGAACAUUGCAAAAGAUCCCUCCUGGAUAAUUCGAUGAUUCCCCCCCACCCAUUUAAAAAUAAAAGUGUCAAAGUUCUACAAUAUCACAGUCCUAUUUUUAAUGAUUUCUAUUUAUAGCCGUUUCAUUUCCUACAGACCGUUUCAAUGUCACUAAUGCCAAAUAAAUCAUUUCUACCAAGUA